AUGCCUGGAAUCAUCACGACGGAACCUAUACAGGUGCGUUAAUUUAGUUUUAAUUUAUCGAACAAAGUCUACUGGAGCCCUCUGGAGCACAAAAAACUUAGCUGCUCGUAUCGCAAUCUCUCUUUUGUUUUUCACAUUUCUCCUCCAUGAGAUUCGAGUGUAAAGUGUCAUCAGACUUCUCUUUGCUCCGAGAGCUUACAAAGCACCUUACCCCUCCCCCGUUCAAUUUGUUUUCUUUUCUUUCUCAAUCAAUUAUCAGUUUCAGCUGACCGCCAGUAUGCCCAUCGGAUCGGCCAGUGAUACUAUCCGGAAAUUCAAUGCAGUCGCACAGGCCAAUGAGGAAACUUUGAAGAAGUUGGUGUUUUUUAGACUUUCAUAAUAUAAAUGCAAAUUUUUCAGAAAUCCGUACUCGGAAACUUACAAAAUUCAACAGUUUGACGACAGAAACUACGGGAGACCGCCACCGGGGAGUAAGACGGAAGCCAGAGGGAUAAAGGUGACUCGUUUUGGCUUGGACACUUUCCAACCAAGCAAAUGUUGCCUUUAUCUGUUGCGAGACGUAUUCUGAUUUGCAGGCCGGUGUACACGUUUGCAGAGAGAUCCUUUUCCUUUGUGAGACAAUCGAUGGAAAUGCAGAAGGCGAGGAACCCCAUAAAUACAUCAAGUUUGGAAAACUUUUCAGUAUUUACUCACAUUACUCGGAUAAGGUACAUCGAUUACAUAUUAUUUUUUAGUAAUCCAAACUUUCAGCUAGUGGGAAUGCUGAUCCGAGCUCGAAAGUACGGACUCGUGCAUUUCGAGGGAGAAAUGCUGUACCAACGGCAGGAUGAUCACAAGAUCGUGACGAUGUUGAUGUCAAUUCAAGACAUAAAAGAGAGUCUGACGGCUUCUGGAGACCCCGCCAAGUGCAUUUCCAUCCGGAGAAACUCUGCCCCUACAACUUCUUUUGUACCAUCGGAACCAUUAGAUACUCCCAGGCCACGGCCAGUCAGAACUGAUUCGGUGAACCUCUCCAAACAGUUAGUUUUUCUUCGUUCUCAAUCGAAACUGUUUCAAUUUCAGAAUGUUCGAAGCUCCGACCACUUCUUCAUCUCAACCAACUACAGUACUUCCGUCUGAUGGUAAACCCAAAAAGCCGUGGACACCCAAGGACACAUCAAAAGCCCCCGUGUUUUGCAUUUGA